AAUAAAAAAUAUUUAACACGAGGAUUUCUCUCUCUGGAAAAAACAAAAACAUAAAUAUGUUGACAAAUUUAUGAGUGUAAUUACAUAUAUAAACAUAUAAUAUUGUGUCACAUUUUUUGUUAAAAAUUUGAUUAAAAUAACGGGAAAAAUGAUAACAAUUAUGAUCAAAUCAAGAAAAAAACUGAUAAACAAUUAUUAAAAUAAUAAAAAAUACUUAUUAAAUUUUAUCCAAUAUAACAACACAUGCAACGCAUUUGUGGAUAAUAUAGUACAGAACAAAGGACAUACAAGAACAUUCGACCGCUUUUUUCACUGAUAAAAGUGAUCUACUAUUAAAUAUACGACGACCAAACACAACUAUUUUUGGAUAUACUAACAACAAGAAGACAACAAAAUGCAUUGGAUUAACUGUUUGACGAUUCUUUGUGUGCUCAUCUUCACAAAUCUUGUGCAGAUUGAGUGUUCCGGUGUGUUUGAAUUGAAGCUAAAGACAUUUCUCAAUACCAAUGGAAAAGAUGAUCAAAAUGUAUGUUGUAGCGGGCGUUCGGAUCCCAUAACGGGGAAAUGUAUUGGCGCAUGUAAAACGCGGUUUCGCGUGUGUCUGAAACAUUAUCAAGCCAAAAUAGAUACAAACUCGCCGUGUACGUUUGGCGAUGUCAGUACUCCCGUUGUCGGCGAUAAUAAUGUGGAUUUGACAACGCAGCAUGCCAGUAACAACAACUCGAUUAACCCGAUACAAUUCAAUUUUGAUUUUACAUGGCCGGGCACGUUCACAUUAAUCAUUGAAGCAUGGCAUUCAUCGUCUAAUGAAACAUUGAGAUCUUCUGACUCUCUCAUUUCCCGCAUUGCUCUCCAACGAGUACUUGAUGUGAAACCCGAAUGGACUCAAGAUGCAUACGAUUCGAACUUGAACAAAUCUCUGACGUUCGAAUAUCGGGUGACAUGCGACAAUCACUAUUAUGGAAAGGGCUGUGCCAAAUUGUGUCGAGGACGAGACGAUGCUUUUGGGCAUUAUACGUGCUCCGCUGCGGGAGAACGCGUUUGUCAAACCGGAUGGACAGGCGAAUAUUGUGAAAAACCUCGCUGUUUGCCUGGAUGUGAUGAAUCUCAUGGACAUUGCUCAAAACCCAAUGAAUGCAUAUGCCAAGCUGGUUGGAAAGGCCCAUUGUGUAACGAAUGUGAGCCGUAUCCCGGUUGUGUUCAUGGCACAUGCAAAACGCCAUGGCAAUGUAUCUGCAAGGAAGGAUGGGGAGGUUUAUUCUGCAAUCAAGAUCUCAAUUAUUGUACAAAUCAUCGUCCUUGUCUCAAUGGCGGCACGUGUUUCAAUACGGGCGAAGGUUUGUACACAUGCAAAUGCCCUCCCGGCUUUUCGGGAAGCGAAUGUCAAAACGAAACGAGCGAUUGUUCGAUGAAUCCCUGCCAAAAUGGCGGCACAUGUUCUGAAUUGACAAAAGGAUACAAAUGCGAGUGUCACAAAGGAUGGAUCGGAAAACAUUGCGAAGAGAAAACUGUGACAUGCGCCGAAAAACCUUGCUUGCACGGAACUUGCAAAGAUACGAAAUUGGGGUUUAAGUGUGAUUGUCCGUUGGGAUAUUCGGGGAAAAAUUGCGAAACACAAGUGAAUGAAUGCAGUCCAAAUCCAUGUGAAAAUGGCGGAAGUUGCGUUAACAAAGGAGAUGCUUACAAAUGCUCAUGCCCAAGCGGAUUUCAAGGUACACGAUGCGAAAUAAAUAUUGACGAUUGUCAGGGAAAUCCUUGUCGAAAUGGGGGAUCUUGCGUCGAUAUGGUGAAUCAGUUUCGUUGUCAAUGCGUUCCCGGAUUCAUUGGGUCGACGUGCGAAAAUAAAGUUGACUUGUGUUUGACGAAACCAUGUGCGAACGGAGGAAGUUGUAUCAACUUGAACAACGAUUAUCGUUGCAAUUGUCGUCCCGGGUUUACGGGAAAAGAUUGUAGUAUCGACAUUGAUGAGUGUCAGUCGAAUCCGUGUCGAAAUGGAGCAACUUGCGUAAAUCGUGUCAAUAGCUUUCAAUGCGUUUGCGCAGGGGGGUUUCACGGAAAAACGUGCGAUGAAGAAACGUUGUCAGCAGCAGCUUUUGACGGAGGAAGCUCAUCGCGACACAUUGCUGUAACAUCGGGCACGGAUAAUAACGAUGGUUUAAGCGGAGGACAAAUUGCUUUGAUCGCCAUUAUUUCAAUUGCGAUGCCUUUAACGGCAUUUAUUGCAACUGCUGUUGUCAUUUGCAUGAAACGUCGUCGUAAGCGCGAACAGGAGAAAGAUGAUGCUGAAGCACGAAAACAAAAUGAACAAAAUGCGUCGCACAUCUCACGCAUUCAUCAUAGUUCGAUCAAUUUGAAAAGUAAUGGUAGCGGCGGAAUAAAUUGCGAUAUGGCUCCGCAUGUCAUCAAAAAUACAUGGGAUAAGAGUGUCAAUAACAUCACGAAUUCCCAAAGCAUGGAUGAUUGUUUGAUGAAUUCUAGUCUGUAUGGAGGCUUAUCGACGUACAGUGACAACAGUGCCAACGAAUGUUACCAACAGCAACAAAUGCAACAACAAUCGCAGCAAAACAACCCGGAAAUGCAUCGCGCCAAAUCACAAAAACAACUCAACACAGAUCCGAUGAAAAUGAUGCAUCGGCAAUCUCAAGUCAUUACAUCGCCCGCUUCUCCUCCAAAUAGCCAAUCUCCCGUCACCAAAGAUCUUACGUACGACAUGAAAAGGAUAUCCGUGCUAUCGGAUGCCGCAUUAUGUAAUACGAGGUGGCAAACGAGCGUCGUUUCUCCGCUGCCCCGACAACUUGUAUCAGGAUCGCCUCAUUGCAGUCCCCCGCAUAUGUAAGUUUCACUCACACAUAAUUUUUUGCACAAAAAACACACAAAACAACUCUUCUAUACUUAGAAUUAAAUUAUAAGCAUAAAUGGUGAUGUGAUUAAGAUCUCCUAAAUAAUUUACAACGGUGGUAAUUUAAUAGAUGAAAAACAAACAAAACAAGACUUAAACAAAAAAAUACGAAAAUUUAGUAAAAAAAACUCCCUAUUGUCAGGUACAUUUUUUCUACCAUAAUAAGUUUAAAAAAAGUCAUCAACACGGGGCAUUACUUUUGUGAACAAAUGCCCCUUUCCAUAUAAUAAUUGUACAUAUUAAGCAUAAUUUUUUAUUUAUUGAACAACCACUAACUAAAAACAAAACUACUUACUGUAAUAAGCUAAAAACAAAAUCUCCUACAAAAACGAAAAUCGUACAGGCCAGUCGAAUGUAUAGGAAACAGAAUUAAAUUUGUACAACAAAAUAUCCACGAAAUCCUCUCAUAAAAAUAAGUUUAGACUACACACACGCACAACUCUUACUCUAACAUCUGGUCAAACGCACAAAUUUCUAAACGUUUCAAAUUUAUGACCAAAAAUCUGUUCAAAUUUCUUUAUUAUUAUUUUUUUUUUACAAUUUUUUGACAAUCUCUCUCAAUUACGAAGUGCUAAAAACAAACAUCAUUGUCAUUCAUUUCUGUUACAGUUUUCCCAUGUAAACCAUAAAAUUUGACAAAAAGAUUACGAAUCUUCGUAAAUGUCUUAAAAUAUAAUAGUAAUAUAUAAAAUUGUACCCAAAAAUCGUUAAAAUUUGUUACAAAAUUUAAAAUUUAUAUAAAAAAAAUAAUAAAUUAUAUAUAUAUUAUGCAUAAUAUUAGG